AUGGGUAUGCACGUUCGAACCAGUUCACAAUGGAAACAAAAUCGAAGAGACAACUCAAUUGGACCUUUAAGGCGAGCUCAUCCUGCAAGUGGUGCAACAUGGAAUGUUCAAGUUGUUCGAGGAAAAAUGUCAACGCAAUGUCUCUGGCAUGCAUGUCGAGCUUUAAUGGUUGGAAUCUUACUUAUGAUAAUUGGCGCAUCAAUGGCCACAAUAGGAUAUUAUUCAAAUGAUUUUGCAUUAGGUGAAUUUCGAAACAAUUCAACGAUACGUAUAAAAAAUGAGCAAAGAGGGCUGCAUCUGAAUAACUUAUCCUAUAUGGGCCCAAUCGUAAUGGGAGUAGGUGGUUUUAUUGUGGUUGCAUCCUGUGUGAUGACGUUUGAAGCACGUGAUUCAGCAGCAAAAGUUGUUCCAGCACGCUUUAAAGUUAGUGGAAAUUCGCAUAACAGAAGCGGUGGAAAUGGAAGUCGAAGGACAACUAGCGUGCAAUCAUCAGAGAGUAGAAAAAUGUCAACAACACAAUCUGGACGUUGGGAGCAGCAUCUUGGCUUGUUUAAAAGUUCCCCGGGUAGUGAUUUGCCUACGGAUCGACAUGCUUUAACUGCUGCCCUGAUACAUUUUUCGAGGACGCUUGGGUAA